AGCCUAGCAUAGAAGUCCACUCAUCUGCUAGACUGAGCAGUGCUGCACCCACAUCCACUCGUUUGGCUGUGCUUCAAUCAAUCAGGUGAUUUCAUCACAACAGCUUCACUUCUGAGAAACCCAAAGACUUACCUGCGCACGUCCUUUCGGAGUGCUCAAAAUGAAUCUUGAGCCACCCAAAGCUGAAAUCAAAUCAGCCACCCGUGUAACCGGAGGCCCUGCCACUCCUCGCAAGGGCCCGCCCAAGUUCAAGCAGCGGCAGACCCGACAGUUCAAGAGUAAGCCUCCAAAGAAAGGAGUUCAAGGAUUUGGAGAUGACAUUCCUGGCAUGGAGGGCUUGGGCACAGAUAUCACCGUCAUCUGCCCCUGGGAGGCCUUCAACCACCUGGAGCUGCAUGAGCUGGCCCAGUACGGCAUCAUCUGAGCCUUCCCAUUAUGGGCCGAGUGUUUCCAACCACCUGCCUCAGGCCCCAUCCCAAACCUCUAAAUGGAACUGUUCUAAACGAAAAACCAAAAUAACGAACUGUAACAAACAUAAAAAUCGGAAAAAGAGAAAAAAGUGACCAAAAAAAGUAUGUUCUCUGACUCUGGACUCUCCAACUCUUACACAACAUCUGCUUGUUUAGGAUCUGUUUGAUUUUUUUUUACAACUUCACUCAGUAGAUCUGCUCUGUUACUCCCUCAUCAACAAAACAAAGAACAUCUUUGCCUACUAUCUGUUCUUUUGCUUUCUCUUCUCUCUCUUCUCUUCUGUCCUGAACAUGGAUAAAAACAAGAAACAUACGAAAGCAAGGCAGCCUCACAGUGAGUUUAAGUGACAGACCCGUGAAACAGGUGGGCUCCCGUUUCACGUGCCUCGGUGCCUCGUUCUCCAUCUUAAGAGGGUUCUUCCAUCGAUGCCGAACACAUAAAACCCUGAACCUGAAUUCUGUAGAGAGCAGACACCAGCUUGCCAUUGCUAAACGUAAGAACAAUAAUCAGAGCCCCACGAUGCAAAAUAAAACUGCCCUUUAUACUGCACAUAUCAAGACUAUGAUAUCAGCUCAAAAACUGGCGUGUUAUCACAACUUAUCACUGUACCUCUACUGCCGUGUUUUCUUGUGAGGCCAGUAUCACCUUCCUACCUUGUAAAUUUCCCUUGUAUGAUGUUGAUCUAUGUCAUUUCAAGUGUAUUUCUCCUACUUCCACAUGACACUGUUGUGUCCUGUGAGUUUAUAUUUGGUGUUUUGAAGCUCAUCGUUGUAGCUCUCGUUUGUUUUUCUUACCUAGAGUAGGACAUUUUUCAUUUGUAAACUGUGUCCUUCAUCUGCCGUCCAUCACUCUGCCUAUGAUUCAUCUCCAAAUCCUCUUUGUCGUCCUCACACCACUGACGUCUACAGUUAUUAUUUCACUGCAGAGGAGAAGACGAUUAUAAAUGAAAGAGUGAAAGAAGGCGGAGGGAUCAGUGGAAUAAAUACUAACAACAAAAGUCUGUUGAGAUGUGUAAUGGAGCUUUGUUCUCUCUACAGGACGAUGGAACAAAAAAAAUAAAGAAAAAAAAGAGUAAAAUAAAA